GAGCUGCGCUUCUACAGAAGAUCGCGAGCAGUCGGACUGAGGGGGAACAGGUUGAAAAGAGCAAGAGGCUUGUAUAUUCAAAUACUGUUGGUUGCAGAUUGUAACCGGACCCAACACGCAAACUGGAAGGGCUCAGCGCAGCGUGGGUGCCCAGGGAUCCACUGCAUGAGUGCGGGGAGAGCAGCGGCCAGGACCCCCGAGACAUGAACCACACCAAGGGCGGCCUGGUCAUCUUCACCGCCAACUCGCACCCCGCCAGCCGUGAGAUGGGCAAGAGGAUUUCAGAGCGGUUAGGGGUGGAGCUUGGCAAGGUGCAGGUGUACCAGGAGGCUAACCGAGAAACACGGGUACAGGUCCAAGAGUCGGUGCGAGGCAAAGAUGUCUUCGUGAUCCAGACGGUGUCCAAGGACGUGAACACCACCAUCAUGGAGAUGCUGAUCCUGGUGUAUGCGUGCAGGACGUCCUGCGCCAGGAGCAUCACGGGCGUCCUCCCCUACUUCCCCUACAGCAAGCAGUGCAAGAUGAGGAAGAGGGGCUCCAUCGUCUCCAAGCUCAUCGCCUCCAUGAUGUGUAAAGCUGGUCUCACCCACCUGAUCACCAUGGACCUCCAUCAGAAAGAGAUCCAAGGCUUCUUCAACAUCCCAGUGGACAAUCUGAGGGCCUCCCCCUUCCUGCUGCAGUACAUACAGGAAGAGAUCCCCGACUAUAGAAAUGCUGUGAUUGUGGCCAAAUCCCCAGCCUCCGCCAAAAGGGCUCAGUCGUUUGCCGAGCGGCUGCGUCUGGGCUUAGCGGUGAUCCACGGCGAAGCUCAGGACCCCGAGUCGGACCAGGUGGACGGGCGGCACUCCCCACCCGCCGUCAGGACCAGUGGAGCCAUUCACCCCAGCAUGGAGAUCCCACUGUUGAUCCCCAAAGAGAAGCCUCCCAUCACCGUGGUAGGAGACGUAGGAGGACGCAUCGCCAUCAUAGUGGAUGACAUCAUCGACGACGUCGACAGUUUCGUGGCGGCGGCGGAGACGCUGAAGGAAAGGGGGGCCUACAAGAUCUACGUCAUGGCAACGCACGGCAUCCUCUCCCUGGACGCUCCGAGGUUCAUCGAGGAGUCGGCCAUCGACGAGGUGGUGGUGACCAACACGAUUCCUCACGAGCUCCAGAAGCUCAAGUGUCCAAAGAUCAAGACCGUCGACAUCAGCAUGAUCCUGUCGGAGGCCAUCCGCCGCAUCCACAACGGAGAGUCCAUGUCCUACCUGUUCCGCAACAUCGGAGUGGACGACUGAACAACCUGCCUCUCUCUCUCCCUCUCUCUCUCUCACACACACACACACACACACACACACUAUUUGCCUUGUCAGGUCUCUUCAGACAUAGAGGUGAAUGUCAAACACUGAAAUUGCUACACACAUUAAUAAAUAUCCACGUCCUGCUCGUAUCAUAAACUUAAAUGUAAACUACUUUUCCUCUGAGUGCAGCUUAAAAGGGUAGUUUGGAUUUUUUGAAGUGGGGUUGUAUGAGAUACAUAUUCAGUGUAUUAUUUACAGUAGAUGAUAGUCAGCAUGCCUCCAUUUUGGAGAAACAGACAGGAUUAGAAGAGCAAGGUGGAGCAGCAAGACGGAGUUUAGGGUUAGAUAUAAAAAAGUGUAUAUAUCAGUUUAAGUGUACGCUAUAUUUAGAAUACAUUCGCUUUACUUUACUGUCGGACAGCUCUUUCUGACGAGGAACUGAAGCUGUUACCUACGCUCUCUUUAAAGCCACCAGACUCCUUUUCACAAAACCAGUGAUUUUACCUCACAGAACACGACGGUUGCUGGUUCACCGCUGCCUCGAUCUGUUUGUUAAUGUUGAUGUGUGACUUUGGCGAAUCCGAACCAACCCUUAAACGGCAAAGUCACACAAUAACGCAAACGAUGGAGGCAGCCGUGGUAAACUGUUAACUCUGGUGUUCUGCGAGGAAAAAUUACUGUUUUUGUCAAAGGAGUCUCGUGGCUUUGACGACAGCAUAGAUAACGGCUUCGUCAGAAAGGGCCGUCUGACGGCAAGAUAAAGAUACACUGACUGUGGAUAAGCACCUCAUACAACCCCACUUAAAAAAAAAUCUGAAUUCUACCUUUAAUUAACACAUAAGAUGACUGAAGACACACAUGGGAACACGGACCUCCACGGGUUAGUCUCGUUCCAUAGCUGUGCCCAAACACACACACACACACACACACACACACACACACAGAUCUGUGCCCUUGAUGGACUACUGCCUGUCUCUCCCUCUGCUGCCCUCAUGUCAAACAGCACACACCUUGUUUUUUUACUCAUCUCCAUUUCUCUCUAUAGAAAUUAAUGUUAAUAUAAGAACAUGAUAUUUGUUAACAUUGGACCCACCCCACCCCACCCCUUGCAGUAAAAUCUCCUUCACAGCAUCAGAAAGAGUGGCAGUGCCUUCUGCAGGACCUACACACACAGGCCUUCACUACUCACACACCACUCGGCUAACAGAGCUAAUGAAUAGAGGCCCCUUGUAUUGAAUCCAGGGAUGUGCAGGUUCCCAGCUAAUUACCUUGUGUAGAGUAUCUGAGUGCAUGUUUAACCCCAUUCUGUUUUAUUUAUGUGGUGUGUGACUAGGCUACUAAUGUCGUUCAUUUAGACUCUUAACUAGCUGGCUGCGGUUGCCAUAGCGCUGAGAUGCUAAUCUGGUGUCAAAUCUACUCGUUGCUAAAGUUGAACUGGAAUUAACACAGGAAGCACGUCUCGGUCUGGUCCGUUCCAAACUUUUUUUACGGUGUUUCAUGAGUCCUCCAUGUAACAUUGUGUGCCAUCAUGUCAAUGCCUGCUCAUGUUUUAUAUUUGUUCACAAAUGAGCUGUCGCCCCUCUAGCUGGAGGGCCCCGGGCAGUGUUACACUCCGAUUAGAAGUGGAAGGUUGUUCUUAAUUCUGAGUUAAGAUCAUCACAACAGAGACUGAAGUUUGCUGAAACACACCAGCAGCUAAAACUGGGAGAGUAAAUCUAAACUUUUUUUGUUUGUUUUUUCUGAUGAGCAAAACUUGACUGAAGCAGGUUUUUGUCACUUUACCAGAUGUUACAAAAAAAAAAUAAAAUGUUUUGUAUUUAUUUUCAACACUUCUUAUGAAUAAAUAAUGACUUAUGAAAGUAGAGACCGACUCGUUUUGUAGUUUCAUAAAUCGGGUGUGUGUGAUUUCUGGAUAACACACGCUCUUGUUUCAGCAGGCGCACCGGUUAGCAUGUUAGCCUGCUUAACAAAAUCAAGUACAGCUGAAGCUAAUUGGGGGGGACAUUAGUGUUACAGGUUCAAUACCAAAUGAAAAGUCAUUGAAAUACAUAAGUGUAUAAAACAAAUAAUUUUAUUGUUAAAUGUUAAACUGGUGGAUCGCAACUUUUACAAAACGGUUGGUGCAGUUGUCACAUUUCAGAUGUGAGUUGUUAGCAGUUCUACCAAAGUACGAGUUCCUCUAAAAUGUAAAAAAAGAAUUUCACAAGGCCCAAAGAGGUCAAAUUAACCAGUAUUUUGCACAAAAAAAAGCAAAGAUUAGAGACAACUUAAAAAAAAAUUAAUAAAUAAGUACAAAU